AUGCAGUCGGCGGUGUGCGUGUCGCAGGUAGGAGGGUACAGGGCGGAAAUGGGCCGUGCCUCGAAGGACAAGCGGGACAUCUACUACCGCAAGGCAAAGGAAGAGGGCUACCGUGCAAGGAGUGCGUAUAAGCUGCUGCAGUUGCACGAGGAGUUUGACAUUUUGCAUCGAGACAAAAUUUGCACAGGCGUCGUGGAUUUGUGUGCGGCACCGGGCAGCUGGUCUCAGGUGCUGGCGCGACACCUGCGCGAGGACGUGCGUGAGACAACCGGGCAGCCGUCCGCAGGUGCUGCACGCAUCGUUGCCGUUGACCUGCAGGAGAUGAUGCCGAUUGAGGGGGUGAAGCUGCUGCAGGGCGACAUCACAAGUGAAGUCACCGCACGGGAAAUUAUCCGGCUUCUCAACGGCAACGACGAAGUGGAGGGCGAGGCCGCAGGCGCGGCGACAGAGGAGGGCGCCGGCUCCACGGUGUGUGGCUGUGAGAAGAAGGCGGAUCUUGUCGUCUGCGAUGGGGCUCCGGACGUGACGGGGAUGCAUGAGUUGGACGAGUACCUGCAGCACCAUUUACUGCUGGCGGCGCUGAAUAUCACGACGUUUGUGCUGCGUCGUGGGGGGACGUUUGUCACUAAAAUGUUUCGUGGCCCCAACACGCCUUUCCUGGUGGCAAAGUCCGAGGUGUUCUUUCGGCAUGUCAUGAUUGCGAAGCCAAAGUCCUCGCGCAACGCCUCGAUGGAGGCAUUCAUGGUGUGCCAGGACUACCAGCCCCCUGCCGCCUAUCGCCCCUCCUUCGAUCGCCCCCUCACGACGACCACGCGGUGCUUUACGCCUGCUGCCCCACCGCCACCGGCCCUCACGCUCCAGCAACGGGAGGUGCAGCAAGAGACGACGGAGCAGCAUGCGUACGAGACAUUUAUGAUGGAUAGCGUCAUUGUGCCCUUCUUGGCCUGCGGAGAUCUCUCCGGCUAUGAUGCGGACAUGUGCUACGAUCGGGAGGCUGACGCGCCGGUGUUGCCGCCAGUGCACCCGCCGGUGCAGGCGCCGUACUUGACGACCGGUGGCGCCAACAACGACGGCGGCUGCGGGGAGACACACAGCUGUGGGACUUCUGCGCUGAAGCGCCAACGUCCGGAGUGA